GGAGCACAAGACACAAUAAUAAGUGGAGACUCUAUUGUAAGUUCUAACAGCACUGAGUAACGGCAAAGUCCUUGCUGGUUGCUUCCAUUCGCGAUGGCGUUGCAGGAGAGGCUAGACAAGUUCAAGAAACAGCAAGAGAAGUGCCAAACGACACUUUCGACCAUUGCAGCUACCAAGGCCGCCGCGGCAACCCAAAAGUCCGCCACACAUGCCUCGGCAAAUGGAAGAAACGCUGCCCCUGCGGUUAAGUUUUCCAACGACACCGAGAGGCUUCAGCAUAUUAAUAGCAUUCGCAAGGCCCCUGUGGGUGCUCAGAUGAAGCGUGUUAUUGAUCUUCUUCUAGAGACACGACAAGCUUUUACACCGGAGCAGAUAAAUGAGGCAUGCUAUGUCGACAUGAAGGCUAACAAAGAUGUCUUUGAGAAUCUGAGGAAAAACCCAAAAGUGAACUAUGAUGGGCAACGAUUAUCUUACAAGUCAAAGUAUGGUAUUAAGGACAAAACAGAGCUUCUUCAACUGGUACGAAAGUAUCCCGAGGGCCUUGCUGUUAUUGAUCUCAAGGAUGCUUACCCCACUGUGAUGGAAGAUUUGCAGGCUAUGAAAGCUGCAGGGCAGAUUUGGCUUCUGUCCAACUUCGAUUCACAGGAAGACAUUGCCUACCCUAACGACCCCAAAGUACACAUUAAGGUGGAUGAUGACCUAAAACAUCUUUUCCGCAGUAUUGAAUUGCCUCGUGAUAUGAUUGAUAUAGAGAAGGAUCUUCAAAAGAAUGGAAUGAAGCCCGCUACCAACACUGCACAGAGGAGGAGUGCAGCUCAAAUUCAAGGCAUUUCUUCCAAGCCAAAGCCUAAGAAGAAGAAGAGUGAAAUCAGCAAGAGAACGAAGCUUACCAAUGCUCAUCUUCCAGAGCUCUUUCAGAAUUUAAACAGUUCCUGAUUAACUCUCAUCAAGUGGUUGUGUAGUUCAAAUAGAUACUUUAUCAGCCAGUCUAAACUAGAUUAGCAUUGUGAAAUAUUCAGGAGGUUCUUGCUGCUGUGCCCUACUUUUAUUUGUUUUUUUAUUUUAUUUUUUUUAUUUCUGUACAUCGAGGCUGCAGCUAAUGGACUAUUGUACUCGUCCUAAUUUGUGAAUCCUUGUAUAUUAUCAUCAUGUUGCAUUUAAAUUUUUAGUCUUGCAAGUUUAUACAAAUUAUUAGAUUGGAACUUGGAA